CGCCCGCCCGCGGCUUUUGCACCUCGCUCGGAUGCCUGCUGGAAACCUCUUUGCUACGGCAUCCGAGCCCUAAGGUGUUGGGGACGAAUGUAGGUAUACAGGCAGGGUCUGGUGGGGCUGGUAGGGUACAAUUACUGGGCUUCGGAUUUCGAAAUGUCGGAUUCUGCUACGAUCGAUGCCAGUAGGCAAAGUAAAACAGAUGGAGUGGAAAAGCGGUCGGUUGGGGAGCCUUCAUGGUGUCAAGGUCACUAUCACUGGAAAAGAAACGCAGUCUUCUGGGGAAGUUUCAUUAAGUCACGGUCACGAUCACUCGGCACGAACGGCACAAGCUUCAGUCUCAAGUCUUUCGCGUCUUCUCAACUCCGCUACAUGACCAUUGCUCGCAAACUCCACCCCCACAGACAACUAGAAAGAAACGUCUCCGAAGGUCUGGUGGCCAGCGCCAGUGUUAUGCAGCUGCGUGUUCUUGGUGUGGUUGUCAUGUGUGCUGUGGUCGUUGUGGACAUUGUGGGAGUCGGUGGUGUUGUUGGAGUUGGUGGUGUUGUUGCUACCCCAGGUGUGCGUGUUGUUGCUGCGGUUGGCGGCCGUGUUGUUGGAGUCGGCCGUCUCGGUGUUGUCGCGGCCCGCGGCUUGCUGCUUCACGUUGCUGCCGGUGGGCACGGUCGCGGUGGUGUAAGGCAUUUUUGCUUGGGGUCUGGGGAUUGUCAGUGGGACGGAAACCGGCGGGGAGAUGGAUGGGUGGGAGUGUGUACGGUUGUUUGGAGAGGUGUUUGGGCGGCGGAGGAUGUUUAGGCUGGAGAGUGUUGGGGACUGAGGGCUGAGAACUGUGAACUGCGAGUUGCUGGCUGAGGAUCCGUUCUCCCUUGGGGAUGAUCGGCGGACUUAUAGCCCUUCAUCCCCUCA